CUUGACAUUUCAGUUUCGAGAAAAUAUAAAGCUAGGGUUGGAGACACCUGCGAAACUCUCUCUCCUCAGAAUUCGGAUUGAUUCCUCCUCUCCGAUCAGACCUUCCUCGGCUGCUUCGGUUUCCCUUGCGUUCGUCUCCAUCUGCAGCGUAACCGAAGAGCUCGUAACCAUGCCGAAGAACAAGGGUAAGGGAGGAAAGAACAGGAAGAGAGGAAAGAACGAAGCCGAUGACGAAAAGCGUGAGCUCGUCUUCAAGGAAGACGGGCAGGAGUAUGCCCAGGUCCUUCGUAUGCUCGGAAAUGGGCGCUGUGAAGCCAUGUGCAUUGACGGCACCAAGCGUCUCUGCCACAUCCGAGGGAAGAUGCACAAGAAGGUUUGGAUUGCUGCCGGGGAUAUCAUCCUUGUUGGCCUCCGUGACUAUCAGGACGACAAGGCUGAUGUGAUCCUCAAGUACAUGCCCGAUGAGGCCAGGCUUCUCAAGGCAUAUGGGGAGCUGCCCGAGAACACACGUCUCAAUGAGGGUAUUGCUGGCGGUCUCGACGAGGAGGAUGAAGGGCCCAACGACGACUACGUUGAGUUCGAGGACGAAGAUAUUGAUAAGAUCUAAAUACUAGGUUUUUCGAUAAAUCUCUUACUGCACUUGAAAUUUAGCUGUAAUGUUUCAACCUAUUGCACUGUGCUUGGUGAUACUGAACCCGCGGAAAUUCCGGGUUUCGCGGUAUAUAUUUGGAUUGCUGGAUGACAAUGAUGAGGUCCUGGCGUUUCAUGUAGUACUACUCGUUCUCUACCCUUUGAUCCUUCAUAAAUCUGCCAUUUUGCGGAA